AUGACUCCACUGGGCCCCUCGCCUGUUCCGUCCGCAGUCUCCUCCGCCGCCGCUUCUCAACACUCGCAUGACCCUCGGGAUGGAGAUCCUCCGGUAACACGCGCCUUUGCGGGCAUGAACUUGUCCGCCUCGAACGGGGAGCCUCUCUCCACCCCGGCCUCCCCCGUUCCCAAACCAACCAAAGCCAACAACAUGGCCUCUCGCCUCUCACGAAUGUUCUCAACGGGCAAGCAGACACCGACGAAAGAUAAUCAUCACCAGCAGACCCAACUCGACGGUGCCCAACGGGACCGGCUCUCCGACAGCAGCAUGGAGAACCCCCCCUCCCGCACUCCCUCCCGACAAGCAUCCUUGAAAAGUGAACCGAUCGAAAAAGAACAGAAGAAGAAGCCUUCAGGUGGCAAAGACCAGAAAGAUGGCGCUGUCCCCGCCCAUAAGCGCUUCGAGAUCCUCCCCGAAGGCACCCCUGGCAAUCAUUCCCAUCACCUCCGCAGCGCCAGGCGACAGGAGAAACUGACUGGCCUCCUCCGCGACAUGUUGGGCGGCGGAAGAAAAAGGGGGGACGAUCAAGUUGACGAACAGCAGCUCUCACUCAUGUCAACCUGGAUCGACCAAUUUAAGAGCGAGCGUGAUAAGCUGGCAUCCGACAAGAAAGGCGGCCCCAACGCCACCGCAUCUCUGGUAGAUAAGUACGGCAAAUGCCAGGAGAUCGUUGGCCGGGGCGCAUUCGGCAUCGUCCGUAUCUCCCACAAAGUCGACCCUCAAGACUCCAAGUGCGAGCAAUUGUAUGCCGUCAAGGAGUUCCGACGUCGUCCCCAAGAAACCGCCAAGAAGUAUCAGAAGCGCCUGACUUCGGAGUUCUGCAUCUCCUCGUCCCUUCGUCACCCGAACGUUAUUCAUACUCUCGACCUAUUGCAAGAUGCCAAAGGCGAUUAUUGUGAGGUCAUGGAGUACUGCGCCGGUGGUGAUCUGUACACCCUGGUCUUGUCCGCAGGGAAACUCGAGGUCGCAGAAGCCGACUGUUUCUUCAAGCAGUUGAUGCGAGGCGUCGAAUACAUGCAUGAGAUGGGCGUGGCCCACCGUGAUCUCAAACCCGAGAACCUAUUACUCACCACUCAUGGUGCCCUCAAGAUCACCGAUUUCGGCAACGGCGAGUGUUUUCGCAUGGCGUGGGAGAAGGAAGCCCACAUGACGGCUGGUCUCUGUGGAUCGGCUCCCUAUAUCGCCCCAGAGGAAUAUGUCGAGAAGGAAUUUGACCCUCGCGCGGUCGAUCUGUGGGCCACCGGUGUUAUCUAUAUGGCCAUGCGGACCGGUCGUCAUCUCUGGCGGGUCGCUCGCAAAGACGAAGACGAGUUUUAUCAGCGAUAUUUAGAGGGUCGGAAGCACGAAGAUGGAUAUGCGCCGAUUGAGACUCUGCAUCGGGUAAGCAUCUCUAGGUCUGCAAGACCUGCAGGAUACAUGACUGACUCCACUUCUGCUAUCAAGGCCCGUUGCCGCAACGUGAUCUACUCCAUCCUAGACCCCAACCCUUCCCGUCGGAUCAACGCCUCCCAGGUUUUGAAAUCCGAGUGGGUCCGCCAGAUCAAGCUGUGCAAGGCUGGCGAGGAAGGGUUCUGA